AUGGCCGCUCAACAUCCCAACGCUGGACAUCCGGGACCUGCGAUGGUGCAGCAGAUGCAUCCCGGUGUUUCGGCACCAGGAGGGCCUCAGGUGAGCCAGGCAGGCCCAAUGAUGGGUGGAAUGCCCCCAGGUGCUGGGACCGCCGGUCCGGGUGGCCCUAUGCCGAAUGCCCACGCUCUAUCCCAUCUAAACCCUACACAAGCGCAUAUGUUUCAGCAGCAGGCGUUUCAGCAAAAUUUCGCGAAUAACCCGCAAUUACUUCACCAGCAACAGCAACAGCAUCAACAGUUCCUUCGUCAGCGUAUGAUGAUCCAACAGCAGCAGCAGCAACAGGCACAGCAGGCGCAACAGCAACAUGGUCUGCCCGUAUCACUACCGAAUGGUACUCAGGGUGUGAGUGCCGCCCAGUUGGCUGCGAUGCAAGCAAAUCCUGGUGGCAUGCGGCCAGUCAACGCAAUGAUGCAUCUUCAACAGCAGGUCCCGCAUGGCCAACCCCAGAACCUCCAGCAACAGCAGCAACAGCAGCAGCAGCAACAGCAACAGCAGCAGCACCAGCAACAGCAGCAGCAGCAGCAGCAGCUCUUCGCUCUUCAGCAGGCGCAAGCUCACCAAGCGCAGCAGCAGGCUCAAGCCCAGGCCCAGGCUCAGGCCCAAGCCCAGGCAAAUAAUGCACAGGGGGGUCAGCACACACCGCAGCGCGGCUCAGUGCAGCCUCCCAACAUGCACGAGAAUCAGGGUGCGACUCCCCAGUCCCAGCAUGGUCCUCCACCGCAAAGCGGUACCCCCCAACCAAACCAAACUCCUCAGCCUCCAUCGAGUCAACCUCAACAGCCACAGGGCGGACCUCAGCAAGCCCAGGCUACUCCAAACCCCCAACCGCAGCAGUUGCCUCAAACAUCACAACCUGGACAACAGCCUGGACAUCCUGGACCCCAGGGACAGCCUCAGCAUGGUAUGCCGGGCCAGCAGGUCCAGCAACUCGGCCAGCAGGGUCAGCCAAUGACUGCUCAGGAAGCCCAGUUGAAGGCCCAGCAGCAACAGAAUGCCGCUAUGAUGAUGCAGCAAAGAAUGAAUCGCCAGGGCACAACAAUUCUAUGCUUGCAUGCGUAUGCGGAACACCUAAGUGGAUUCCAGAGUCGCGGCGAAGCGCAGGACCUCAUGUACUGGCAGUCCUUUGUUGACCGAUUCUACGCCCCCGGUGGUGUGUUGCGACAGGGUGUAUGGAAUCCCCAGGUCGGUUCUAAACAAUUUGAAAUCUCGACUCCGGCAUUGGCACGGUAUUACCUUACUCAAUAUACCAGCGGCAUCCGUCAGAUUCAAAUGGUCGUUGAAGGUGCCCGAGAACGGGAUAUGCCUAAUGGAGGGCACAUGGUUGAAAGUCCUCGGACUUCAUUCAUCUACUGGUUCACGAAUGAUUGUCAGCUCUUCACCCAUGGUCAACUACGUGCCCAUUUCGACAUGGCUAACAAACUCGAGAUGCUGGACAUCACUGUGACCAGCCAUAAUGAGUUUAUUCCUCGGAGUCUGCUUCAAUCUUUGGAGCUCUCUGAGCAAAAGCAGAGCCCCAAGGUCUCUAAGAACACGGCAAAGCGGGCUCAAAAACAAAGCCCGCAAAUAACCUUGCCCGAGUCGAUGGUUACCUAUAACGGUGUGCCGACACAAGUCAUGGGAUUCCUGGAAGUCGCCGAGACUAUCUCUCAGAUGCAGCUGCUGUUCCAAUUCUCGCAACAAAACCCACAAUUCUCUCCUCCCGAAGCCCUCCACAAUCUGGUGGGCACCCUCCCGAUUCAGAACCCUAACGCCGGGUUUGUCACGCCAAUGAACCCUGGCAUGCAGCAAGUUCCCAAUGCCCGGAAUCCCAGUAUGGGUGGACCCUCGCAGUUUGCAUCCCCUGCCAUGGCCCACCUUGGGCUACCAGGAGCCCAGGGAUCGCCUCAUCUGACUGGUUCAGGACAUGCGAGCCCUGCCCAGAGCCAGCUUGCCGGACCUCCAGGCAUGCAGGGUGCUGUUCAGCCCUCACCCCAAAUGGUAAACAACAGCCCCAAUGUCGGAGGUAACAAGCGUCGACGGGCAAGCACCGUCAAGAAUGAGCCCGAUGAUGGUGGUGCUGGUGGCGAAGUCAAUGGCACUGCCAUCCAAGGCGGUGCCGGCAAGGUCAAGGCCAGUCCUCGAGUGCCCAAACGACAGAAGGGGGCGGCGGCCUGA